AUGCCUACUCCUCCGGGACAGUCUAGUAGUCAGCCGCUGCCGGCGAAGGAACUCGGCUAUUUCAAGAAAAUAGUGGUAUUUUGUUGCUGUCCGCAUACACUUGAUAUUCAACUUUCAGAAAAGCUAUGAACAAAAGCAAUACAAGACGGGGUUGAAGUUUGCUAAAAUGAUUUUGACAACUCCAGGCUUCACUGAGCAUGGAGGUGGAUAGUGCUUGUAUCAAACGUACUUAUUAUCAUUCUGAUUUCAGAGACUCUUGCAAUGAAAGGAUUGAUUCUCAACUGCAUGGGAAAAUGUCUUGAGGCUCAGGAAUGCGUGAAAAAAGGUCUCAAAUCGGAUUUACGUUCUUACGUGUGCUGGCAUGUAUAUGGACUUAUUCAAAAAACCGAGAAAAAAUAUGACGAAGCCAUAAAGGUAUGGAUUUAAGUUCGAUUGUUAAAAUAAAUCAGUAUUCCGAUAGUCUUUAGGCCUACAAGCGUGCAUUGAUGCUGGAAAAAGAUAAUUUGCAAAUUUUGCGGGAUUUGUCGCUACUCCAGAUUCACAUUCGUGAUUUCGACGGAUACCUGGUGCGCAUACAGGAGAAUAAAUCUAACUAUUCAUAAACUUGCCUUACAGGCGUCAAAAUACGAGCUUCUACGUUUGCGUCAAAAUCAGCGAGUGUCUUGGCUUGGUUACAUUGUCGCCCAUCACCUGCUCAAGGAGUAUAAUCUGGCUUUGGGAAUCAUGGCCGAGUACAUUAAAAACAAUACGGUAAGAAAAGGUCUCAAGUCUUGACACUCUGUCCGUAAAGUAUAUCACAUCAUUUUAUUCAGCCUCCCGGCUACGACUUCGAAUUCUCGGAGCUGAUACUUUAUCAGAACUUGAUUAUGAGAGAAGCCGGUUUACCUGAUGUUGCGCUGCAGAAGCUUGAAGAGAAUUCGACCCAUAUUGUGGAUAAAGUAGCGUAUAUGGAGACUCGGGCCAAUCUUCUUAUGGACUUGGAACAACCGAGACAAGCGGAACAUGUUUGGAGGGCUCUUAUCGAUCGGAAUCCUGAGUGUCUUGAAUAUUAUUCAAUGCUGGAAAGCUGCAUGAGUAUUAACGGUAUGUUUAGUGUUUUUUAAUUGAAAAUUGAAAGAAGCAUAGUAUCCUCUUCUACCGCACGGUCUCGCCAAAUAAAGCGACAUUUUGGCACAAAAUUAAAAUGUUUACAGCAAAUUUCGUGUUUUUCUUGCUAAAUUAGCCACAAAAAACUGAUCCUUCUCAUUUGUCCCUCGAUAGAAGGAUAGAAUACUUUUUUUUAAGCGCAAGAGCGUGAAAUUUGGUCAAGCCGCAAUUCAGAUUUAUCCGUUUGAAGUUUUUUGACUGAAACUUGAGUAUCUAUUCUUUUGUGUUUUAGUAAUUUUCGUUGUUCGAGCGCUCAAAAUGCUUGUAUUUACGUGAUUCAUCAUUUUCAAAACUAAUUUUGUUUGAAAACAUUCAAUAAUGCGCAAAAUGAGAAGUGCGCGAAAACUACCUUAAAGCAACUGAAAUUCACGCAGUUUUAGCCAAAAACCGUCAAACGGAUAAAUGUGAAUUGCGACUUGACCAGAUUUAACGCUCUAGCGCUUAAAAAAUUUGUAAUAGCCUAUACAAUCGGUCUAUCGAGGGACAAAUCAGAAAUUAUCGGUUUUUCGUGGCUAAUCUGGCAAAAAACACAAAUUUUUCUGUUAAAAUUUGAAUUUCGCGCCAAUGUAUCGCUCUAUUGGGCGGGGCGCACUUGCGCCCAUUUUAAGCUCUGGAGACCGUGAGAUGGGAACAAUGGCGUACUUUUGGUCCAUGUUUUAAUCUCGUGAGUGAAAAAAUUACACCACGAGCUUUAUUUAUAUAAGUAUUUUUUGGGUAUGUCUUUCUAUGUAAUUUCUUUUUUUCUAGGUAAUCCGAAGGCUCAAUUGGCAAUGCUUGAUGGGUUGGCUGAAAAGUAUAAACGAGCUGCUGCGCCGCAGCGACUUGCAUUGUACUUGGUGGAGGGAGAAGAAUUACGUCACCGUCUUCAUGAAUGGAUAAUACCUAUGCUUCGGAAGGGAGCUCCAAGUCUUUUUGCAAGUCUUGUACCGCUUUAUUCGUUUCCGCAGAAAAUUGCUGUCAUCGAAAGUUUGAUCAACGAAUUCGUAAACAAAAUGGAUGAUGAAGGAUAUGGAAACGUGUCCCUGGAUGGAAAUUCGGAAGCAGAACCGCCAACUACAGCACUUUGGUUGUACAUUCUUUCUGCUCAACACUAUGAUCGUAUUCAAAUGGUUCAGUUGGCUUUGAAUUAUGUUGAAAGAGCAAUCCAGCAUACACCCACCGUAGUUGAAAAUUUGAUACUGAAAGCAAGAAUUUACAAAGUUGACAAGCGUAGAUUUUCAUUUGGUUUAGCUUUUUUUUCAGCAUGCCGGUGAUGUGGACGAGGCCGCACGAUGGAUGGAAGAAGCGCAAAACCUGGAUACUGCUGACCGGUACAUCAAUGGAAAGUGCGGGAAGUACUUCCUCAGAGCUAAACGAAUGGACGAUGCGCAGAAGAUGUUAGCGAAGUUCACCAGAGAAGGAGAGAACGCAGCGUCUCAUCUAACUGACAUGCAGUGCAUGUGGUACGAAUUAGAAAGUGGGAGAGCAUAUCGUUCCAUGAGCAAGUAUGGAGAAGCUUUACGCAAAGCCCAUCAUAUCGAAUUCGUAAGUUCGACUAUAACACGGUCUCCAGAGCUUACAAUGCGGGCGUGGCCUCCGCCAAAUAGCGUUUUCAUGAAUUUUUCCUCACUUCCUGAUUUUUGUGGUCAAAAGCGUUGAAAAAUGAUAAUUAAAACCGGGGACAAGACUUUUAAAACCGGGAUGAAACCACAAUAAUUCACGAAAUUUUUGACGUUUUGGUGCCUUUUUCGCCGGGUAGGGGUAAAAGGAUUGCGAUUUAAUUAAAACUCAUUCACACAAUAGAAACGCGACAUAAUAUAACUGUUUUUCGUUGAAACGCUCAUAGUUUUUAGGAUAUUUGUUUCGAAUACCCAAACUGUUCCGGAAAACGCGGAAAUUUCUGCAUUUAUAUGAGCAUUUUGUCCGCUCCUUUCAAUUAACUUCGCAAAAUUUUUCGUCUCCCGAACAAUUAAGCAGAAGGCCACAGCUUGAGCCUAGAAAAUUGGUUUCCUUUCGUUUUUGAUAAAACAAUGAAGUUGUUUUCUGUGGGUUUUCGUUACUGUAGAGAAGAGGAAUCACGACGGAAGUGAAAUUAAUAAAUGCAAUAAAUCGAUCACGAGAUUCAAAAAUUAUCUUUUUUUACGAAACAAUUAUUCUACAGAAAUAUUUAAAAGGCGCUCCAAACAGUUAUAUUGUGGCCGGUUCUAUUGUGUCGCGGUUCUAUUCUGCGCAGUUCUAUUAUGUCGCGGUUCUAUUGUGUCGCGGUUCUAUUAUAUUGGACCGCUAUUCUACUAGAACACAAAACGUUUCUAAUUAGAUGUAAAAGUUAAUCUAGUUGCAAUUAGAUUCGAACGGUUUCAAGUUAAAUCGCAAACGAUUUACCAGAGUUCGCCUUCGCCGUCGAAAAACCUUACUUCUCAUUUUGCGCAUUAUUGAAAGUUUUCAAACAAAAUUGGUUUUGAAAAUGAUGAAUAACGUAAAUACAAGCAUUUUGAGCGCUCGAACAACGAAAAUUACUAAAAAUACAAGAUGUAUAAUACGAGGCUACCCCGAAUCAGAACUGUCCUGUAUCAGAACUGUUCGAAUAAGAAACUAUUAUAGGGGGACCCCCAGAAAUGGCGCUCUGUUGAGAAACUCCUUUUGCAGUGCACAUUGAGCGACCUCAGGGCCGCGUUUGAAAAGUUAGGCCACAUUUUCAGUGGAAAAUUACUUCGCGGCUUAGAAAUUCGGCCAGAUUGCGAACAGCACGCUCUUUCUGCCCUGUGCCCCUAUAAUAUCUGCAGGUGGUUCUUGUUACGAAAAGUCAUGUUGUGAUGGGUUCUGAUUCGGGAAAGUUCUGGCUCGGCAUAGCCUCGCUUAUCACUAUCAGUUUGAUUUUUUUCAGCAUUUCAAUACUUGGACUGAAGAUCAAUAUGAUUUCCACACUUACUGUCUCAGAAAAAUGACUCUCUGCUCCUACAUCCGCUUGAUUCGAAUGGAAGACAAUCUGCGCGACAAUAAUUACUACUAUCAAGGAGCAAAGCUUGCCAUCAAAAUUUACUUACGCAUGAUUGACCGCCCAGAUGACAUGAACGAACAUUCAGCUUUCAUGAAAGAGGGAAUGACUGAGAACGAAAUCAAAAAAAUGAAAAAGAAAUUGAAAAAACAGAAAGAGCUGGAAGAAGAGAACAAAAAGAAAGAAAAGGAAGUUAAAGAAGAAGGCCUUCAAAGAGGACCACAAAUCGAUGCUAAUGCUCUUCUGAAAACCGAUUCUCCUCUCGAUGACGCUGCUAAGUUCUGUCACAACCUCCACAUAUUUGGAGUAGAGAAAGCUACAGGAUAUGCUCUCUGCUCGGAAGUAUACCGACGUAAGGGAAAAGUUCUGUUGGUGCUCAAGUGCCUUCAUCAAGGAUCUAAGAUUGACGCAGCUCAUCCUCUCAUUCACGUUCAGAAAGUGAAAUUUCUCAUUUCCUGUGAGUAUUAUUCAAACAAAACUUUUGGAUGCGCAGGCCGAGCCGACACUCGGAAGCGGCUUCGCCGCUAAUUUGUUUCUCAUAACUGCUUGAAAGUUCACGUGUUCUUUCUCAAUUUUUCCUUUGCUCCUUUUUCAGAAAUGAAAUGAUUUUACUUUAGGGGCAGCGCACAGAAAUAGCGCUCUGUUGAGAAACUAUUUUUGCAGUGCAAAUUGGCCGACCUCGGAGCCGAGUUCGAAAAGUUAGGCCACGUUUUCAGUGGAAAAUUACAUCGCGGCCUAGAAAUUCGGCCAGAUUGCGAACAGCGCGCCCUUACUGUCCGGUGCCCCUAUAAUAGAAAUGAACGCGGAGACGGACAAACGGAGAAAUAAACAGACUAAGAGACUGACCCCUAAGAGUUGUAUUAACAAGACUUUCGAACCUGGGUCCGCUGCGCAUUUUAAAUAAAAAUGAUGAUUCUUAAAACUUUCGCAUUUUUACAAUUAUUGAACGUGUAUUUCCAGGGCCAACGUACGAACUCUCCGGAACUGUUGGAGAAUUAGCUGAUGAGCUGAUGAAUGCCAUCUAUGGUUCUCAGAGAAAUGCAUCUGCUCUUAAUGAGACAUUCAAAAUCGCGAAUCAGCACAGUUUCGCUCAUCGUCUUGCAUGUUUGUUUUAAUCACUCGUUAAGAAAUUUUUUUAUGGGGUUAUUCAGGCUGUGAAAAAAAAUUAUUUUUUUCCGUUUUUUUUUUCGUUUUUUUUACGUCAAAAAAACCCAAUUCAGCGGUGUAAAAAAAACGGAAAACAACGGAAAACAAACAUACGCUGAAUAGCCCCAUUAAUGUUUCCAGUCGCUGAAGCUCAUUUCUCACUGGUCUCUGACUCGUCGAUCAAUAGCUGGUUGCUGAAAUCAGUGGAGGAUUCAACUGUAGGAGGACGAAACUUGAAAAUGCUGACUAAACUGAAGGACGGAAUUGAAUAUGGAAAAUAUGGCAACUGGAGUAAGGAAGAGGUAUUGAAUGGAAAAUCAUUUUUCAAAUCAUACUCAUCCCGUUUUAGCGCGAGAAACUGCGAAAGCUGGCUCAUGGCAUGUUCCCUAUGGCGAAGGAGUUUGGAGGAGGAGUGCACAAACUUCAAGCUUGA